AUGGAGGGAGCUGGGUUUGCUGACAUACUGCAGUCGUUCGAGAAGAAAGCAGAGGGAGAGGAGUACGUGAGUGUGGAGAGAGACUACAACGAGAGGAGAGUGAUAGAAAACGAUGUGAGACGCACUGAGCUGCUGGGCAUGGACAAGAAGAAUCACAAGGCGGCCAAGUUUCUGAAGAAGUUGCUUUUUGUGGAGCUUGAUAAGAUCCCAAUCAGAUACACACAGGGCAUGAGUGAGGUUGCAUCUGUGUUUGUUCUCUACUAUCUGCAGGAGAUUGUUGAGGAGGAAAUAGCCAAGGAGAUUAUUGGAGGAGAAUCUUUAGAGUCUUCGGAAGAAGAUGCCUCUGAGAAUUUUAUUGAGGUAUCUGAGGAAGAAAAUGCAGAGCUUAAGAGAUUUGUUUCGAGGCACAAGGACGUGAUAGCCAAGGUUGGUGUUGUGCUCACAAACGUGUUUAGGAAGAAGCUGGAGCCGCUUGUUGCCGACGAUUUCAAGAUGUAUAAGGAGAACAUGGGGAUAUUUGUGGAGAUAAUGAAGAAGAGAGGAAUAAAGAUUCCCGAGCUAGAAAGCUAUAAGUUCAUGGGGUCGAUCCUGACGUUCUUCCUGAGGAACCUUUCAAAAACAGAGGAUGUUCACAGGGUGUUUGGAAUAAUUCUUUCGUGUCCUAAUACUUGCCCAUUUAUCCUCUUGGUAUUGUUCUAUGGUAAGAUUGCCAACAAUAAGCUUGUAGAGAAUAUUGACGAUGACUUAUUCACAAAAGUGGUAAAGCUUGAAGAGGAGUUUGUUGAGGCGAAGAAGAGAAUUGGAAGAAAAGGGCCUGGGUUUUCGAAAAGGAAGAUUGUGGCGAUAGGGAGUGUGAUUAGCAUAGUCACUGCGAUUGUUGUGUAUAAAAUAACAAGGAGAGAAUAA